UGCCUCAAAAUGUGUGACGUUCUACACAUCCACAUGUGCCCGCCAUGUUGCCGGUGGCUUAGUGGAAAUUGAGAAAAGAAGUCUUAUUUAUACCAGCUAGAAAAAUUGGACAUAAUUCUGCAAAAUGUCACGUUUUUUUGCUGCCUCAGAAUCGGAGUCUGAGAGUGAAUCCAGUGAAGGAGAAGAUAUCCCAGUUGUAAAGCCAGUAGCAGGGAAAGUUGCUCAAGCUUUUACCUUUAGUGAUGAUGAAGAAGAUACCAAAAGAGUGGUGCGAAGUGCAAAAGAUAAAAGAUAUGAAGAAAUCAGAAAUAUAAUAAAGCAGUUAAAAAACCACAAAAAGAUAAAGGACAUGUCAAAUGUUCUCUCAGACUUUGAAGACCUGGGACGAGCAUAUGAUAAAGCCAAGAAAGUUGUUGAAAAGGAAGGGAUCCCAAGGUUUUACUUGAGGGCUUUGGUGGAACUUGAAGAUUUUGUCUCUGAGUGCUGGGAAGACAGAGAGGCUAGAAAACAGCUGAGCAAAAACAAUGCAAAAUCUCUGACCACUUUGAGACAGAAACUAAAAAAAUAUAACAGGGACUUUGAGCAAGGCAUUUCAGAUUAUAGGGAGAACCCAGACCAAGAUGAAGAGGAAGAAGGCUCAGAUGAUGAAGAAAGAGACUCUGAUGAAGAGGAGGAGGAUGAUGAUGAUGACAAGGAUGAGAAUGACACCCAAAUGAUAGCAGAUUUUAUAAAGAAGCCACCUCCCUCUAAGCCAAAUGUAUCUAAAUUCUUAAAGGAUGGAGAUGAGGACUCUGGUGAUGAGAGUGACUGGGGUGACGAAAGUGAUGAGUCAUCUGAGCUCAGCUCUGACGAUGAAAAAUAUGGUGGAAACUUGGCCUUGAAGUUUUUAAAAAAGACUACAGAACAGGAAAAGGCGAAAAAGGAUGCCAAAAAGAAAGAAGUGAAGGAGCGUAAACAGACAAAGAAAGUAGACAAGGCCCAAGAUGAAGAUGAAGGAGAGUGGGAGCAGGUGAAAGGAGGGGCACCCAUGAUAGCUGAGAAACCCAAAAUGUUUGGGAAGGAUGUAGAAAUCAACCAUAAGGUUGUAUGUAUGAAGUUGAUUGAGAUUGUAGCAGCUCGUGGCAAGAAGGGCACAGACAGGAAUGAGCAAAUCAAUAUGCUAAUUGAACUGAACUCUAUUGCCUCUGAAAACAACCUUGGUCCUGCUAUGGAAGCAAAAAUUAUGUUUAACAUUGCUGCAGCCCUGUUUGAUUAUAACCCAAACAUAGCUACCUGCAUGAGAGCUGAGAUGUGGGAAAGGUGUAUAGAGUUUGUACUAGAACUGUUGAAUUUAUUGAUUACCAAUAAAGAAAUAUCUGUAGGAGAAGAUAUUACAGAAGAGUCUGAACAGUUAGAGGUAGCCCCUUAUUUGGUGCGUGGGUGUAUCCUGACUGUUGUGGAGAGAAUGGAUGAAGAGUUCACCAAGAUGCUGCAGGGCUGUGAUGCUCAUAGUACAGAAUAUGUGGAGAGGUUAAGAGAUGAGAAAAAAGUGUGUGACAUUAUCGACCGCCUUGUAGUGUAUCUAGAAGGGAGGUCUAGUAAUGAGGAAUUGUGCAGAGCAUAUCUUAAGAAGAUUCAGCACCUGUAUUACAAGUACGAGCCAGUUUCACCUGAGGGACAGAAGAAUAGUGAGGAGGUCAUGGAGACACUGUGCAGGUUUAUCCACACCAAGGACCAGACAGACCGUAUACGCACCAACGCCAUCUUGUGUCAGAUCUACCACCACGCUAUACAUGAUCGAUGGUAUCAGGCCCGUGAUCUCAUGAUGAUGUCACAUCUUCAAGACACAAUUCAUCACUCUGAUGUACCACUACAGAUUCUCUAUAACCGUGCCAUGGUUCAGCUGGGUCUGUGUGCUUUCCGCCAGGGAAUGAUUAAGGAUGCUCAUCAUUGUUUGGUAGAUAUUCAAAGUGGAGGAAGGGCCAAGGAACUCCUAGCUCAGGGUUUGCUGUUGCAAAGACAACAUGAGCGCACACCAGAGCAAGAAAAGAUAGAGAAGCGCAGGCAGAUGCCUUAUCAUAUGCACAUAAACUUGGAGCUGCUGGAGUGUGUCUACUUGGUAUCUGCCAUGUUGAUGGAGAUACCGUACAUGGCAGCACAUGAAUUUGAUGCCAGGAGGCGCAUGAUUAGUAAGAACUUUCACCAUGUCAUGAGAGUAAGUGAGCGCAAUCCCUUGGUUGGGCCACCGGAGAGUAUGCGUGAGCACAUUGUAGCAGCAUCAAAAGCCAUGAAAGUUGGGGACUGGAAAGCAUGCAGAGACUAUGCCAUCAAUGAGAAAAUGAAUAAGAAGGUUUGGGACUUGUUCCAAAACACUGCAGAGACCUGUGAGAUGAUUGUCUCCAAGAUCCAGGAGGAAAGUCUAAGGACAUAUUUAUUCACAUACAGCAGUGUGUAUGAUUCACUCAGCAUGGACAACAUGGCAGAGAUGUUUGAGCUGCCUAAGGCCACUGUACACUCCAUUAUCAGUAAAAUGAUCAUCAAUGAAGAGCUCAUGGCAUCCCUGGAUGAGCCCACCCAGACAGUAGUAAUGCACCGCACAGAGCCCACACGUCUCCAAUCCCUUGCCCUGCAGUUAGCAGAGAAGGUUGCCACCUUAGUUGAGAACAAUGAACGCAUCAUGGAGCAGAAGAUGGGAAGCUUCUUCACAUACCAGAAACAAGGUGGCUAUCAGAGACAGGGAGAUGACAGGUGUCAGAAUUGGGGCCAGCAGGGUGGAUUCCAGGGACGUGGUGAUCGACAGAACAGAGGUGGAGCGGGGGGAUACCAGCAGUAUGGCCGAGGAGAUAGAAACCAAAACAGAGAGGGAGGUAGGCAAGGUUACCAAGGCAACCGUGGAGGACAAGGUGGUUACCAAGGAAACAGGGAUAGGCAACAAAAUAGAGGUCAGCGGAGAGACCAGAGGCAGUACUAAGCAAAAAAUUAGAGCAAACCAUCAUGUUAAAUUAAUAUGGCAUUGUACACACAAGCCUCAUUUUGGAGUUCAGUAGUGAAUGCAUGAUGUGACUGAAAGAAGGAAUAAACCCUUGUUGAGAAGAUUCAUCUGAAGCAAGAUACUGAGGAACAUGAAUCUUUUUACAAUUGGGUAUUUUUAUAGAUUUGAUGCAAAGAGCAUGAUCAGGACUGUGUAAAGGGAUAACAUUUUCAGGAAUAUAAUAUUUCCCUGCGCUUAUUUAAAACUCCAUUGCUGGAAUCCUAGGUAUCAAUUGUUAAUCUCCAAAUAAAAUGCAGAUAUGCUGGAA